CACGUCUAUGAAUAUUACUGAUGGCACGGACAAACGCCUCAAAGUGCUUCCAUGGUUCUUUUGCGUUAAAAAUCUCUUUCUCUCUCUCGUCCUUUCUCGCCUCCUAUGUUUGUUUUAGUGAAAAUAUCUUAUUUUGGAGUAAGUCGGAGGAUGUUUUUGAUCGUUUGCUCUGUUUCGUUUUCUUUUCGUUUCCAUUUUGUAUAAGCAUAAGAGGGGAAGGAUGAAGUUUUGUAAGAGAUAUGAAGAGUACAUGAAGGGUAGGAAGGAUAAGGAGUUCCCAGUGGUGGGACUGAGGAGGCUCAAGAAGAUACUUAAGAAGUGCAGGAGGGAAUUCCAAUCUCAGACUCGUCUGAGAGUCAUUGAGGAUGAGAGAGAACAAGAUGAAACUAGUGGGUGUUGUAUGCCCAAGUGUUCUGACCAUUGCUCAGUGUGUGAUGGCACUUUCUUCCCCUCUCUUGUGGUGGAGAUGUCUAAGGUAGUUGGCUUCUUCAACAAACAAGCAAAGAGUCUACUAGAGCUGCAUUUAGCAUCUGGUAUCCAAAGGUGCUUGAUAUGGUUUGGAGGAAAGCUUCCAAAAAAUAAUGUAGCCCUGAUUCAGGAAGGCAAAGAGCUGGUCACUUACGCUAUCAUCAACUCCAUUGCCAUGAGAAAAAUAUUAAAGAAAUAUGAUAAGGUUCAUUAUUCUAAGCAAGGUCAAGCAUUCAGAUCAAAAGCUCAAACGAUGCAAAUAGAGAUGCUACAUUCUCCAUGGCUAUCUGAGUUAAUCGCCUUCUACAUCAAUUUGAGGGAAAAGAUCAACAACAAGCAUCCGUCGGGUCUUUUGACUGACUUUAAACUCGCAUUCAACGACGGCAGACCAGUGCUCUCUUGCAGCUUGUUUGAUUCAUUGAAGCUUGAUAUUGAUCUUACUUGCUCCAUAUGCUUGGACACUGUGUUUGAUCCCGUUUGUCUCACUUGUGGCCAUAUUUUCUGUUAUAUGUGCUGUUGCUCGACUGCAUCAGUGACUGUUGUUGAUGGAUUAAAAGCUGCAGACUCUAAAGCAAAAUGCCCUCUAUGUCGACAACAAGGGGUGUUUGAGAGAGCUGUAUACAUGGAUGAGCUGAACAUUUUGCUCAGCAAAAGUUGCCCUGAGUACUGGGAGCAGAGGUUAAAAACAGAACGAAUUGAGAGGCUCCAGCAAGCUAAGGAACACUGGGAGUCCCAGUGCCGAGCUUUCAUGGGAAUUUAGACUUCGUUGGGGAUGAUUUUUUUACUGCUUCUUAAAGCAGAUUUUUAAUUAAAAAUAAAUUUUGGCUAAAAAUAUAUUUUAAGAAGCAAUAAAUAAGCCGUCCCAAACGGAGCCUUAAUUUCAUAAAAGUUAAUCUCUUGUUAGUGUCAUUUUCAGGUUUGUUCACUUAAUUGGUAUUUAUCACCUGUGGAGGCCUAGCUUAGAUAUUUUUUCUCCCUGUCCUGGAAGCAGAAAAAAUGUGUAUUGUCUGCACUGCUUUUUCAUUGUGGAAUGCUUGAACGAAAAUAAAAUAACCUGUUGAUGUUUUGUCCAGAUA